AUGGCAACCUGUCCUUUGGCCACAACAUUGCCACCAAGACCUCAGCUGGCUCUUUCCCUUCCUGGACAAGAGGAUAAUGAGAAGAAGGUGGACAAGGAACCUGCAGCUGUUUCCUCAGGAGAAUCAAUCCACACGAGCUCUCUGCUGGGAGCUGAAGAUGCAGGUGAUGAGACAUUUCUCCUGUCUGACACCCUCAGCAGAAGCUCGGGCACUCUGGACAAACCCAGGGUCCGGCCAAAGAAGAAAUUCUCUGUGAUAGAGGAAGUGCUGGAACAGCUGAGGGGCAUUGUGAACGAGGGGGACCCUAAGACCAAAUACACUGAAUUUGUUCAAGUUGGCCAAGGGGGUUUCGGGACUGUUUACAAAGCCAUGGACCCAGCCACAGGAGAUGUGGUGGCCCUAAAGAAGAUGCCUCUCCGCAAACGGAGCAAGAAGGAACUUCUUGUCAAUGAGGUUCAGAUCAUGAAGGAAAACAGGCAUCCCAAUAUUGUCAAUUAUAUAGACAGCUACCUGGUGAAUGAAGACCUGUGGCUCGUGAUGGAAUAUGUGGAUGGAGGCACUUUAACCAGCGUUCUUGUCCGAGUCUUAAUGGAGGAAGGAAUGAUAGCAGCUAUCAGCAGGGAGGUGAGGGACCCUGCUUGUGCUUCCAAUGGCUUGGACAGGGUGGGACAGGAGCGACUUCAUGUUCAGAGCUUUGUUUCACUGCUGCUGUUAUGAAAUGUAAAAUAAAAGGGUGUCUUGGUUUGAAAAGACAGGUGUCUAUUAAGGAAAGCAGGAGCUUCUCUUGAAAUGGAAAAUGUAAAUCCCCUCUCUCUGAAUUAUUAUAAUUUUGAAAUUAAGAGGCUCUCAGGUAAAGAUAUGGGAAUAGGAAUAACAGUUCUUUACUAGGAAAGUUAAAAAUAUAAAUGCAAUAGUACACUGCACAGGCAGUGUAGGACAGAAAACGGGCAAAGUCUGUCCACUGCCUGGACAGAACCACAGGCAGUGGAGGACAGAAAAUGGGCAAAGUCUUGGAGGAGAUGGGGUCACUCACAAAGACACAUUUUGUAAGAAAUGGACUUAAAGAAACCCAAAAAAGCCG